AUGAAAUUAAAAAAUCCAAAAUCGUUGACCUCACUAGUAAAUUUAUAUUUAAAAAACAUUCAUAACCCUAUGGAGCUUAAAGAUUUAAUUAAUUAAUUAUUGAGUGAUGCUACAUUUUUGCCAAUAUAUGGACUUACUGAUUAAUAAAAACUUGAGCAUAAAACCAUCUUUACAAAUAUUCAACUUGGUAAUAAUUAAAACUUAGGGUAACUUAUGAAACUAAAUUAGCACUAUAAUCGGAAUGACAGUUUUAGGAGUAAUUGGAUUCUUGGCACUUGGAUUUACUUUUUUAGGAGCCAUAGGUGGAGGAGCUAUCGGGAUUAUAUUAGGUAGAUAUUUAGGAAGAAAAAUCUCAAAAAAAAUAGCUACUAAAGGGAUAAAUUUAACUGAAUUUGAUAUAUUUAUUAUUCGAGUAAAAUGCUUAUUAAAAUGGGUAAAUUUCAAUUUAAUAAUUUAGGGUAAAUUGAUUAUGAUAAAAUAUACAAACAAUAUCAAUUUAUAGAGGUUUUGUGUUCAAAGAAUUUUAACAGAAAUCAAACCUUUAUUGCAUUAUAAGUAUUUUGAUGAGAAAUUUCAAAAAGAAUCACAUACUUUAUUAGUAAAAAUAAGAGAAUGGCUAUCUAAAGAAUAAUCAAUCUAUGCAUUAUGUCUUAGUUAUAAAUUAACGAAGGAAUAUAUUCAAAUAGUUGA